AUGCGUUAUUUUACUCAAUUACUCAAUUUGAAGAAUCAAGAGCAUUUGAAAUCAAGUGGUCUUCGAAUGAAGUCAAAAAACAAGUCGAAUGAUACUGAUAAUAUUGGUUCAUCAGUAUUUCAAUCACCAGCACAAGUUCUUCCUCCAUCUUCACCAUUAUCACAAAGCACGAUAACACAAACAACAGUACAUUAUUGGAAAAAAUGA